AUGACCGAAGUGUCUGUUAUAGGCGAUUCUAAUAAAACAGUGUUUUAUGGAUUUCGUUUUGGCACAUCUGAUAAAGUUGUUCAUCUCACCCAACAACAACUUAAUCGUAUUCCUUACCUAUUUACUCUAGUGACACAUAAAGAUGAUUUGUCAGUAUCCCAAAAUGAAAAUGGUGAAUAUUUAUUGAGUCAUCCAAUUGAAUACACUUGGUUCAUGUCUAUUUUUCGUUCCAUUACUUCUGAACAGCCAUACACAUUAUUUAACGAAGUAGCAGAGGAUGAUAAUAUAUUGGACACGCUUCAAUUAUUUGAUUAUCUUGGUAUCGAUUUAUUUCCUCCACCUCUUCUAAAACACACAUCUUUAGUCUUAUCGAAUCCAAUCAAAACUGAUAAUGGUGAAAAAUGUGUUGUAUAUCACAAGGCAAACAUCUCAGAAGCACGACAGACAGCUGCAGAAUUCAUAAUAGCUUUGGGUAAAAAUGAAUACAAUUUACAUGACUCAUGCAUGGGUGAUAAAAUUUUUUCGUUGAUCAGAAUCAUUCUCUCCAAUGCAACUGUUUUUAAUUCACGAUUUCGUUAUCAUACGCUAAUAGUGGCGAAAGAAUUUUGCUAUACGUUUUUUUCUAACAAGCAACAACGUCUGCUACCUACUACGCAACAAAUUGUUCAGCAUCGUAAGAUCGACUCCUUCAUAUAUUUGUACGACGAUGACAAACAACUUCCUGACAAUUUUUGCAAUACAUUCGCUUGGAGAGGCACUUAUGUACCUAAAGAAGACUACUAUCGGACGGAUUGUUUAUCAUCAAGCUCCAACAUUGCAUAUUUUUCUAGUUUAGCUGGAAGAACCGUGACUAGUCAUUACACGAUAAUCAUAUGCGCACCUCGCAAAGCUGGCAAGUCGACCAUUCUAAAUGAACUAUUAGGUCUUUCACCACUGCAUAAAUAUGACGAAGAUAAUGAUUACUUUCAUCAUAUUUAUGUAGUCGACGACAGCCUGUCGCCGACUUCGUACAGUGAAGAUUUAUCCAUCCAUCAAAACGAACAAAAUCAAAAGAACACUGAAGUACGAUCAGCUCGAUCAAGACGUUUUAACACAUUACCUAAACGAUCUAAGGUCGAUCGAUUCAAACAUCGAUUUGGUCCAAAAGUUCAAAAGUAUCGAUGA